AUGGUUGAACCUGUAGGCAACCAGUAUGUUGUGGCCAGACCGGUAUACUCGGAGAACUCAUUUGGCGAAGAACAUAAGAAAGUGCACAGAUACCAUAAAACCUUUCUGGAUCAUCUGAGGGUAUGUUUUAGAUGUUCCCCACAAAAGGCCAAGAAUAUUGCCACUGGUUUGUUACCUAUAACUUCCUGGUUGCCGGCAUAUCGCAUCAAAGAAUGGCUCCUGAGUGACUUUGUCUCUGGGAUCAGCACAGGGCUGGUGGCUGUCCUGCAAGGUCUAGCAUUUGCUUUACUAGUGUAUGUUCGCCCAGGAUACGGACUCUAUGCAGCCUUUUUCCCAGUCAUUGGCUAUUUUCUCUUCGGCACUUCCAGACAUAUCUCUGUUGGUCCAUUCCCUGUUCUGAGCAUAAUGGUGGGAGAAGUAGUUCUGAAGUUAGUCGAUGAGGAGAGUGUUGGAAACAGCACUUUAACAACUUCUACGGCACUAGAUGAAGAGAGGAUACAGGUGGCAGCAACUGUAUCACUCCUUGCUGGAAUUUUUCAGUUGCUUUUGGGAGCAUUACAGGUUGGAUUCGUGAUUAUUUAUCUUUCUCAGUCAUUAAUCAGUGGUUUCACUACUGCUGCAGCUAUCCAUGUUGUGGUGUCUCAGCUGAAAUUCAUACUCCAGCUACCAGUUAUUGGAUGUAAGGAACCAUUUGCAAUUUUCUGUACUCUGGGAAAGAUUGGUGGGCAGAUCACGAAGACAAACAUUGCAGAUCUUGUCACAGGACUCAUUAUCUUGGUCAUUGUGUUUGUGGUGAAAGAAAUUAAUGAGCGAUACAAAACCAAACUACCAGUGCCCAUCCCAAUUGAACUCUUUGUGACAGUCGUAGCUGCAGGUAUAUCCUAUGCCUGUAAUUUUAAAGAGAGGUUUCAAGUUGAUGUCAUUGGACAACUAGAAAAAGGAUUUAAGCCUCCUAUUCAACUUGAUAUGAGGGUUUUCCAAAGUUGUGUGGGUGAGGCUUUUUCCAUAGCGAUUGUUGGAUUUGCAGUAGCCUUUUCGGUCGCUAAAGUAUAUUCCAUCAAGUAUGAUUAUCCCAUAAAUGGCAAUCAGGAAUUAAUUGCCUUUGGCCUGAGUAACAUAUUUGGUGGAGCAUUCAGCGGAUUUGCCGCAAGUACAUCGCUGUCAAGAUCAGGUGUGCAGGAAAGCACAGGUGGCAAAACACAGGUUGCUGGUCUUCUCUCUGCUGUCAUUGUCAUGAUUGUCAUCCUGGCCAUUGGAUUUCUUCUGGAACCAUUACAGAAGUCAGUCCUUGCAGCUUUGGCUCUUGGCAAUUUAAAGGGGAUGCUUAUGCAGUUCAAAGAAAUAGGUGUUUUAUGGAAAAAGGACAAAUAUGACUGUAUGAUAUGGGUUGUGACAUUCCUAUGUACUGUAAUACUGGGGCUUGCUAUUGGACUAGGAGUCUCAAUAGGAUUUGAACUCCUGACCAUAGUGUUCCGCACACAGUUUCCAAAGUGCACUCUUUUGGCUAAUGUUGGAAGAAGCAACAUCUACAAAAACAGAAAGGAUUACGUAGAUAUAUAUGAGCCAGAGGGAGUGAAGAUUUUCAGCUGCCCGGCCCCGAUCUUCUUUGCUAAUAUUGACUUCUUUCACGACAAACUUAUCACCUCUGUUGGUUUUAAUCCAUUGAGGGUGUUGCGCAAACGCAAUAAAGCUCUGAGGAAAAUCAGAAAGAUGCUGAAGAAAGGAGAGCUGCAAAUGACAUCUAAAUCCUUUAUUUGCACUGUUAAUGGUCUGAAUGAUUCUGAUGAAGAAUUGGACAACAAUCAAAUAGAGGAGCUGGAUCAGCCCACUAACAUGGCAGACUUACCAUUUCAAAUUGACUGGAACGCAGAACUUCCUCCCAACAUCACCGUGCCCAGAAUUGACAUCCACAGCCUCAUUCUUGAUUUCACAGCAGUAUCAUUUUUUGAUGUUUCUGCCUUGAGAGUCCUCAAAGCGACUUUAAAAGACUUCAUCCGGGUUGAUGUGGAUGUGUAUAUUGUGGGAGCACAAGACGGCUUCCUGGACAAGCUGGAAAGAUGUGCAUUUUUUGAUGAGGAGAUUAAGCCCUCCAUAUUUUUCAUCAGCAUUCAUGAUGCUGUUUUACACAUUUUGGUAAAAAAGAAUGGAGACUGCUCACCAAAGUUCAAACCCAUGAAGAUGGGAAGCAGUGAUCAUUAUAUCAUCAAUACAAACGGUGAAUUACGCAACCGGGCAUACACGAUUCCAACAGAAACAAAAUUCUAA